AUGAAUAAUGUUGGAAUAUUUGUUUCAGGUUUAGGAGGACCGAGGAAGCAAAGAAGAGAAAGAACGACGUUUACCAGAGCUCAGUUGGAUAUCUUGGAAUCACUUUUUCAGAAAACAAGGUAUCCCGAUAUCUUUAUGAGGGAAGAGGUGGCGCUAAAGAUAAAUUUACCUGAGUCACGUGUUCAAGUAUGGUUUAAAAAUCGGCGAGCCAAAUGCAGACAAAACCAACAACAAUCCUCAUUAUCUAUGAAUAACAACACAUCAAUUCAUAAUAACCAUUAUUCUUCGAUACCUACUAACGAUUUGAACAAUAGUUCACAAAACUCCAAGGUUACAGCCAAUUACAUGCAUAGUAACAAAGCGUCUAUGUCGAUUCUUAACGACGAAGACAAACACAAUUCCCCCAUUUAUAAUACCUCUAUUUCCACGCAAUAUAAACACAAUCAUUUUAGCCCUACCACCAACGAUAACAGUCAUAUGAACAACCUCAGACGAUCCACCAUGUUAUCAACCCCUUCGACAACUUCUUAUCCUUCUUCUUAUUCCUUAGAUUCCGAGACAGUUCAUACCGACCGGAUUCGCAAAAUGUAUAUGAACAUAUGCAAUCAGGAAAAUAAUAGUUUAGUACUCAAAAAUAGGCUAACUUCGACUUGCAAAAAUGAGCAUCGAUCUAUCACGAAUAAACCAGAGAGUUACUCUUUCAGUUCUCCCGAAAAGAGUUUUGAUAACGAAUACACAACCGAGAGAAAAAGGGUUGAUAUCAGGGAGGACUAUUAUGAAAGACAGACAACUAAUAAUAGUAGAUCGGCCGUUUUUCUCAACGAAGUUGUGAGUUUAGAUCAAAAUCCCGAUUAUAGCAAAGAAAGAAAUCGUUAUAAUUAUAACGAUGUACCAAGGCAUUAUGGACACCCUAACUCUUAUAAUAACCAAAUAGCUUCUGAACACGAUAAAAGUAUGAAAACGGAUUCUUAUACGAUGAAGUAUUAUGAAGAUUGUAACAAUGAUAAUCAAAUUGUAGCGGUAAACGAUGGGGCAGAUCGUACUGAUUCAUUUCAACCCGUGUGUAGAAACGAAAUCGAUAUUAAACCCGAUAAAAUUUUCAAAGAAGGUCCACCCGAUCAUACUUUAAGCGAGAUUUCAAGGGCCUACAAUUAUAAUAACCCCAACACUAUCAGUGACACAGUUAGCGGCGUUCAUUCUUUUAACCGGUAUGACUAUGCCUUUAAUUAUAGCACCUACGGAUAUGGAUAUGCCCCAAAUUAUCCUAGCCAUCCUCACCAUCCAACUAAUUUUAAUUCUUCUUACAUUAUAGGUUCCGAUCCAUUCCCCAAUAAUCACUUAUUCGUCGCGGGAUCCCCAAAUCCUCAACAUUUUUUGAGCCAUCAAGCAGGACCACACGCUUUCACUUAUCCCUUUAAUUACGCGCAAGAGAAACCUUACUUUAAUUUGAAUCGCGGGGGAGUUGAGUCUAAUUUAGACUUUGGCCACAUACUAGCUCAACAGUACAAUUGCAAUCACGGAAAUAUGAAUAACGUAAACAAUGACACGAGCAGAUAUCUAAGUGAAACUCUAGAUACCCCUCCAUCAGUUCCUGAUGUAGAUGCCGCAUCCUCAACAUCUAUAAAAAUAGAAAUGACUCACAGUUUGUCGAAUGAUAAUUUAAAAGGACCUAAAACUAUGUACAACUAUUGCGAUUCAAUAAUUAAAGCGGAAGAAAAAGCAAUAUAA